AUGCCUGAAGCACCAACCCGCCCCACUGCAUCCAGCUUCUUCUCCACACCCCAACCGGCCCGGGAAAUAGUCCCCGAACCACGCAAACGCAUCCCUCUAGCACUCUUAGAACUCAACGGCGUCAGGGUCAAUAGCUAUCCAACAGUGGACACACCGCCGAAGAAGGCUUGGGCCAAAAUCACUCCCGGGCGCAUCACACUCGAGUCACCCCCCGUAGUGUUCGGGUAUUCCAUACCACCCUCCACACGCACCCCAUCGGGACCCGUAAAAAUACAUGCACCAGGAAAAGGGAACCGUCCGCCGCCUGGUUUUCUGGAGGGGUCGGAGUCAUCGAGGAGCUUCAAGAAAGGUCCCGUGUUUGGAUAUGAGAUUGAGCAGAGUGAUAUUGUCUCAGAUGAGGAAUAUGAGAACCAGAGUGAGGAGUUCGGUUUUGGACUUGUUUGCAGACUUGUGGGUAAGAUAUACUGCGAUGACGAGCAUGAAGCAGAAUCUACCCCCUCCGAGAUGGUCUCGAAGCCUGCAGGCGCAUUAUUAACCAGCAGCACCAACCCGAGCAUGAUAACCGAUGUGGAGUAUCUCAGGAAGGAACAUUCCAUUCCGCUGGGAAAGAGGGAGGUCCUCGCAAGGAAUACCACCUUGGCGGUGGUAACCUCUCCUUUCUCAUCACCGCCGGAAUUUGAAAAUAACGUCUGCUCCGAGUUUUUGGAAGUCACUGGCCAUGACGGAGUUCUAUCUGAUCCCCCUUGCCCUUUCCUGGAGGUCAAAACCACCAGGACCUCCCGCAUUCCACGCCUAUCGCACAGAGAGAGCCCCAUCAGCGAAGCCGUUAUUCCCGACGCUGUGCCCACUGAAAGCAACCUAGUUUCACAAAUAGGUCAGCCCCGCCCAGACGAUAACAUUCCAAUCUACAAACUCAUCUCUCCAGCCGGGGUUUGCCUACCUCUUCAUCCCACCCCUCGUCCAGCUAGGAUGCCAAGCCAACAUAAACUAAGCAAGAUCCCAUCGGCUUUAGAGUCCUCAAGAGAUAUUGUACGCUUCAAGCCCAGUCCCAUUCCCGCUGUGGGUUCUAUCCCGGUGGUAGAGGUAGUACGUAAAGAAAAUAUUGCAUCCCCAGAGUCCAAUAUCCCUGUCCCGACGGCUCAGCGCUCUGACCCCGAUGGUGUGGUACUUCAUGAAUUUUCUGAAUCUUCUCUAAACGAUGAUGAAGAGAAGGCAAAGGCCCACUGUUCAUCAUCCCAAACACACUCCAUCCCUCUGCACCAGCUUUUGAAGUCCCAGGUACGCCCAGUCAGUUCUAUCACCGCUAGAGAACCACCGAGUCUAAACCAGUUUGAUCCCUACCUUCAGCUUUACUCCCAGAACUCGCAACUCCCUCCUCUAUAUCGGCGCAGGAGCGCAUCGAACCCGUCCAAGCCUGUCUCCAAUCUAGCACUAAAGCGUUGCGCCAGUAUGCCAGCUCACGAUACCCCUAACGUCUCGGGUAGUAAGAAAUCAAGAGGGAAGAAGAAGUUGAUUCAGCUCGCGCCCGUGAGAAAGCUGUUUGAUAUGAGACCGCCGCCUCCGACACCGGAGGAGGAUAAGAAUUUGCAAUAUUAUGGAUCGAGGUAUGAUUGGUGGCGUGGCAUGAGGGUGUGA